CUUCGUUACUACCUUGCGUCUAAAAGUAGAGCUUGGUCAUCAACUCAUCAUAUUCUAGUUCCACGUUAAAUCUAUACCUAUCUAUCUAACUUGGUCAUCAUAACUAAUACCGCUCAGAGUGAAGUCGGCCCUGCAAAGGUCUAUCAAAGCUAAUUGAUUCUUGGUGUCAAUUAAGCAGUAUUCGUAUGAUCACGUAAUAUAACUGUAGAAAAGCAGUAUGUCAAAGCGAAUACUACAAACAAAUGGUGAGAGGAAGAAAACAACAAAUUCUGCAACACUAAGUUUGUCGAAUACUGGUAAAAAUGUUAUUGUGGAUAUGAAAUCAGAUGACAGUGAGGAGGAGAUCAAUAUAAGGAAAGGGGUGUUCACUGCUAAACGCACUUCAACAAGAUUAAGUCAAUCGAGAGAAGAUGCAGAGAGCCCAUCAUUAUCAAGUUCAAGAAAAAGGAAGUCAUGGAUUUGGUCACAUUUUGAUGAAAUUGGCAAUACCCGGACAGGCAAGUGUAAAUACUGCCCAGCCAAGUUUGUCAUUAGUGGCACAGGAACAAUGUCAAAGCACAUUCAUUCCAAACACUCAACUAUUCUGGCUCACUCAAAUCACAGCACCUCAAAUCUUAAUGGGAAAAGUGGGAAACUUGAAACAAAAUGUGGAAUGUCAAAGGGAAUACUAGGCUCAAAUUCUGUUGCGCAAAAAACAUCCAAUUCACCAUUAUCAAAUUUAUUGAGCACAAGUGGAAUUGUGACUUCUGAAUUGAAUGAAAGUGAUGAAGAUGGUGAACAAAUUAGCUCAAAACAAGAAGUGAAGGCACCCAAGCGCAAAGCAACAUCUUUGGGUCAGCUGAGAGAAGAAAUUGAGAGUCCAUCUUUUUCACAUUCAAAGAAGAGGAAGUCAUGGAUUUGGAUGCAUUUUGAUGAAAUUGGUAACACCCGAACAUGCAAGUGUAAGUACUGUCCAUCGAGUUUUGUCAUCAGUGGUACUGGCACAAUGUCAAAGCACAUGCGUUCAAAACACCCGGCUUUGCUCUCUCAGUCAAAUCAAAGCCCUGCAGUUUCCACAGGGGAAGUUAUGCAACCAUUUAAGUAUGAUGUAAAUGCUGCCCAUAAAGCAUAUGGCGAGUUUGUUGUGUCCGGCGGUCAUGCACUUACGCUAGGCGAACAACUCGAAUUUCGAAAUUUUAUUUCAAAACUUCGUCCGUUGUACAAACCUCUAAGUGGGGCUGUAGUGAAGGAUAGAUUAAUGGAAACUUACGAAAGAUUGAGACUCCAAGUCAUUGAAAAACUCAGUAAAAGCAAAGUAGCCUUAACUACUGACCUGUGGACAUCACCUAACAAUUUGUCAUUCAUGGGCAUCACUGCUGUCAUUUGGAAUGAAAGGUCUACACCUGUUGAGAUCAUCAUUGGUUGUAAACAAAUAGUUGGGGACCAGUCUGGCGUUAACUUGGCAGAGAAGUUCUGCGAGAUCGUUUCAUUGUACCAGCUUAACGAAAAUAUUUUGGCUAUCACGACAGAUAAUGCCACUUCGAAUCAAACUUUUAUGGAUCACAUAAUUCAGUGGACUAAGGAUAAUUCUCAUCCCUUCAACAAAGACAGUUGGAUCCGUUGUUUUGCACAUAUUAUAAACCUAUGUGUAAAAUGUGCACUUGAAGACAUGUUUGUACUCCUUCAAAAGCUUCGUGAUCUCAUUGUCGCAAUCAGAGCUUCAUUAGAACGAGUCCAACAAUUUAAGGAAAUCCUUAAAGAAUGCGAAUUUGAACUUUCUGAGUUGGACUAUGAAGAAGACGAACUCUUUUCUUUCGACGGAGCUGUAAUUACAGAUGAUCUACUUCCGUUCUUGGAUUGCCGAGAGCAGUGGAGCUCAACAUACUUUUUCCUUAAACGUGGAUUGAAGCUUAGACGGGCCAUUGACGAAAUUGCGAAAGAUCAAGAGCUAUGUCAGAACGAAUUGAAAGAGGAGGACUGGCUAAUUCUUGAACAAGUGUUUUCUUUUUUGGAAAAGUUCGCAUUAGUAACAACGUAUGUUGAGACAAGUCAUUUUCCUACAUUGUCUCUUGUUAUACCGAUGUACAAUCGGUUAUUGAACCUUCUGGAAGAAACUUCGCGAGAUGAAAGUAAGCAUACGUUGAUUGUAAAGGGCGCCUCAGCCGGACUACAGAUAUUAUCAGCGUACUACGAGGAAGCAUCUCCUUUGCUCAUGGCAGCCACGUUUAUGGACCCCAGGUGCAAAAUGCAAUAUUUCGUCGAGAGUGGGUGCAAUUUUGGUGGUGAAACUGGUGAUGGAUGCACCGUAAUAGAAGAUCGAAUGGCAGCUAGAGUUAAGCCAGUGAUCGAGAAGUUAUGGAGGGAAUAUAACAUAAGAACCAACCCAUGCGAUCCUUCAUCCAACAGUAAUCUCGAAAAUGUGCCAAAGAAUGAAAGUUCAGCAAUCUUACAAAAAGGCCUCACCAUCACCAAAACUCAAAUUAACACUUAUAUUGCAAAUGUUAUAUUUGGGCGGAAUCGCACACCAAGUAUUAAGCCGGAAAAGGAUGAAAUGAAAGAGUAUGAGGAGGAGGAAACUGAACCUGCUGACUGUAAUCAGACGGCCGUUUUCGAUUAUUGGUCGAGUAGGUCUACGCGAUGGCCACGGCUGUCUGUCAUGGCCAAAGACUUGCUAUGCAUCCCUGCCACGAGUGCCGCUAGCAAGCGGGCUUUUAGUACUGGUAGAGAUUUAUUUGGGAUUGCAAAAAUGACGCUGACUCUGGAAACUGUCGAAGCUCUCGUGUGCUUGCGCUCCUGGUAUAAAGCAGGACUAGUGGAAGAAAUGGACGUUCAAGAAUUCAUUGAAAAAGAUGUUGGCAGUCACAACGAUUAAGAUUAUUGGUUUAGUGGUCUGCAUACGGAACAGUUACGUUAUAAAUUUAACCUUAUUGCGACUUUAUUUUUUUAAUGCCCCUAAAUAUCUC